UUCUCCGACGUUGGCUGCGGUGUUGGCCAUGACACUAGGAAGGUUGUCUUGGACGGAUUCCCAGCCAAUCAAAUCAUCGCCUCGGACCUCCAUCCUGAGUUCUGGGGCAUAGGCCACAAAGUGUUCAAAUCCACGCCCGAGUCAUUCCCGGUCAAGUUCAUUGCAAGUGAUGCCUUCGACGACACCUUCCUCACAUACAGUGGCAUCAUUGCGACCUUGAAGUCUUUGGAUACCCCGGCAGCGGGUAGUGAGCAACCAGUGGACCUGUCUGCCCUGACCUCGCUCACACCGCUCCGCGGGAGAGUUUCGGUGAUUUAUGCCUCUUCGUUCUUCCACCUCUUCGACGGGGAGCGCCAGAGCGAGCUCGCAAGCCGCCUUGCGUCGCUACUCGUACCCGCGCCGGGCUCGUUCAUCUUCGGGUCACAUAUCGGGAGGCCCGAGAAGGGCCUGCGUGUCAUGAAUAUUACACAAUCCGGAUGGUUCUCCCGGAUUCCAUGGUAUUCUUUCACUUUCUAUACACCUCCGUAUAUUCGUAGGAUAUUCUAG